ACCACCGUUACUCGUUUUAGGAGCGAUCGGCGCUAUUUGGAUGUAGUUUUGUCGACUUCACACUGCGCCGUUCCAUGCACGGCGGCGUUCAUCCGGUAAAAUUAAUAUAGGAGCUGUCUGCACGGACGGCCACUGCAGAGCAGUUCUGGUCUGUCAAUAAGUUUGAAGUGCACCGAAUGCUGGAAUGAGAAGGCCUUGGGGUUUCGGCAGGAUUUCAGGGGUCAUCUUCAUCGCAUGAUACAGCCUGACUGACAGAUCCAUCCUCAUCUUUCCAAUACAGUAUUUUCAUAUUCUGUGACUGGUCAGCAGCAGUAUGAAGGGCGGAGGUGGAGAAAAGGAACCUCCGGUGGAGGGAGAGGUCAGCGGAAAGCGGCCCAAACGCAAGUGCCUGCAGUGGCACCCGCUGCUUGCCAAGAAAGCUCCAGACUACUCGGAGGAAGAGGAGGAGGAGGAUGAAGAGGAGCUGGAGAAGGAGCCAGUGUUAUGUGCAAAGAGUGGGGCUCAGGAGACCGAAUGUGGUGGAGUGGAAGAUGAUGGUGAAGAAUUUUCAUCUGAGCAGCGGGCUCGACGGCCCAUGAACGCCUUCCUGCUGUUCUGCAAACGGCACCGCUCGCUGGUUCGGCAGGAGCACCCACGACUCGACAACCGGGGUGCCACUAAGAUCCUGGCAGACUGGUGGUCUGUAUUGGAUCCCACAGAAAAACAGAAAUACACAGACAUGGCCAAAGAGUAUAAGGAUGCUUUCAUGAAGGCUAACCCAGGUUACAAAUGGUGUCCUGCCACCAACAAGCCGGUAAAGAAUCCCUCCCAUUCUGUGAAUAAUGCCCGUAAGAAGGUCUGGUCCCUGCCCUCUAACCCUAGCAAGGAUUCUUCCGUUGCCAAAAAACAGCCCAAAACUGACAGCACACCCCAGCUCAACUUUUCCAUGGCAGAUCCCACUAAGAUGGGGGGCCUAAGCAUGCUGCUGUUAGCUGGGGAACACGCCCUGACCGCCAGAGAGAUUUCCACCAGCUCUUCCCAGUCAGGAAGCACAGAUGUCGUGAAACAUACUGGGAAAUCAGCCCUUUUCCAGCUCGCUGAGCAGAUUUCUUCCAGUCCAGUGCAGCCAACUGGGGGAAGGAAAAAUGCUGAGGAUACAAGCUCUCUCACACAUGUAGAGGCCUCUGGACCAUCUCAGCCAAGCUCACCAGACUUGCCCAAAAGUUGUGUUAAAUCACCCCUGUUUCAGCUGGCUGAGCAGAUCUCCUCCAGUAGGACUCAAUCUGUGUCUGAUGGGAGGCAGUGUGGUCAGUCAGCUCUUUUUCAGCUUGCAGAGAUUAGUCUAGCCUCUGAGGCGGAAAAGAUGGAAGCUCGUUCAUCCCAGCCCUCAGGUGGUUCCUCGUCUCUCUGUGCUCAGCACAGCUCAAGUAGCACAUCCAACCUUGACCACAAAGAGCACAUAGAUUCUCCUCAUCUUCCUCUUGACACACCAUCAUCGUCUUCCUCUUCUACCUCCUCUUCCACUGUCACCACCCCAACUGAGCUUAGCCCAUCAAAGACACAGAAGAAGAAGAAGAAGAAGAAAGAAAAAAAAGAGUCAGAGUCUGAGAAGAAUCCCGGUUCGCCCAAAAAAGUGAAGAAGCGUCAGUCUUCUGAGUCUGACUUGGACAGUGUGAUGUUCACUAUUGAGGCAGUAGCUAAAGGUGCGUGGGGCUCAGAAGAGAUACCCAGGAAGAAACCUCGUCCCAUAGGAGGUGAGAGCAGCCCCGUCGUGGACCAAUCUCCACCUGUGAACAAGAAAAUUAAACCUAAACCGAAGAAACAGCUGAAGAUGAAAGAAGACGUGACUGAGGAAGAGGGGGAAGAAGAAAAUAUAAUGCAACAGGAUAUGGAGAUGAAAACAGAGGAAGCUCACCUGACCCCUAAGACAGAGGGUGAGAAGAAGCCAGAUGUGAAGGUAGAGCCCCCUAGCUGUGUGGAGGAAUUAGCACAUCACUGUUCUUCUCCACUUCCGAUUGAACCAGAAGAGAAAGACACAGACAGCAAACCGCCUAAAGCCAGAGAGGAGGAUAAAGAACCAGAGGUUAAACCAGAGGCCUGUGGCUCCAGGAAGUCAGAGCGAAGCUGUAAAGGAGCGCUUUAUAAGACUUUGGUGUCUGAAGGGAUGCUCACAUCAUUGAGAGCAAAUGUGGACAGAGGGAAAAGAGGUUCCAUUCGUGGUAGUUUGUCCGAUCACGAGGGUGGCUGGAAUGAUGAGAGCUGGGGAUAUUCUCAGACUGUUGCCACCAACCCUAAAAAGCUCAAGAAGUCCAAGUCCAAAGAGGAAAGCACACCAGGACUAGGAAAGCUUGAGGAGGAGUUUGAGAAAAAGUUCAACAGCUUACCGCAGUACAGCCCCCUGACAUUUGACAAAAAGACUGUUGCAGUCACUAAGAAGAAAAAAACAAGUAUGUCCAGCCCUCCUGAACAGCCCAAACCCUGCAAGGGUUCAUCCUCAUCUCAGAAAAAGACUUUAUUCCACAAGAUAGUCAACAAGUACAAACACAGGAAGGAGAAAUCCAGUGCCGCAGACAAAGACAUUGUCAUACCUGACCCUGUGCUCAUGGAAACAAGUCCAGUGAAGUCGGGCAGUCCAUGUGUGUCUCCCACUCCUGAGCCCCUGAAAGUUCUGGACUCGCCAGUGGGCAGUCAGAAAAGGAAGGCCAGGAAGAGUAAAAUCACACACUUGGUGCGGACAGCCGAUGGACAAGUGUCACCUGCAGAAGAGGAAAAAUCUGAUCAGGCCAAGAAUCAGGAUGAUAAGCCAUUUACUCAAGAGACAUUAUGCAAUAGAGGGGGCUGCUACACUGAACCCAGGUCAGCAGAAGUGGACAGGGUGGACACGUCUGUUGGCCUCCCGGCCUUCUUCAGCUUAGCUGCCCUCGCUGAGGUUGCCGCCAUGGAGAAUGUACACAGAGCCCAGCGUGCUGUGAGCAUCCCCACUGAUGGUCAAGUAAAGGACAUGGCCCCUGUAUUGAUCUCCUGUGCAGACCAGUGAGGUCUCAGCCUGGCUCGGGCCAGGUCCAACCUGGUCAGGGCCCAUGUAUUGACAUGCUGAGACCUUAUCCUUGACCCCUGGCCCUGCUGCUUGGAUAUAGAGAGAGAGAGAGACUGGAAAGGAAUGAGAGAAGCUCUGAGAUGGAUGAUGUUUUAUCCCAGAAGCCUUCACCUUCCACCCCACACCACCCUCCCUCCUUUUCACCACCUCGGGGCCCCGGGGAAGCCAUUCCUGGUCCCCGAGCUUCCUCUGUUGGCUCCGGCUCUGGACCAGUUAUCAGACUUUACAAUCUGCAAGAAAUGGCUACUAUUUAAGGUCAAGUUUUGCAUAAAAGUGCAUUGAAGCAAGUGCUCUCUCUCUAUUUGUCUUUUUCUAUAUAUUUGUUCUGGUUAGCUUCAUUGCACAAACUACUUCACAUUGCAACGUUCACUCUCUCUUGGUCCGAGGAACGUUUUGUGGCUUCCUUCUCCACUUCCUGCUCUGAAUCUUAAGAGAGAGAGAGUGUUUGUGUGUGUGAGAGAGCAUGUGUUUCAAGACUGCUCAACCUCAGCUUCAUACCUCAAGCCCUAUUCAGAUUUUUUCUGUACAUGGUUCUAUACCAUCUUCACCUUCAUAAUGCACAGUGGAUGCCUAGAUGCCUCUUUACUUUCAAGCAAUGACCCUCAAUUUGUCUGGUGCCUCUGUCAGUUAAGAGAAAGCACCUAUUUUUCUCUCACAAACAGCAGUAAUAUGUCAGGGGGAGCCGGAUGUUUGUGCAAGUCGCACUGCAGUCGCACGCAUACCUACAAGAGUUUCUGACAGACUGAAUCACCUGGUGGAAAACCUGUUGAAACUUUCGAAAUUGUGACACACUGUCACUAUUUGCUCUGUACUUUUGCACAGCCAGGGUCCAAAAUGAACUCUUGCAAAGUGCCAAAUGCAAGUAAAAAUGAAUCGCUAACUUUAUUAGGAACUGCAGCAUUGCUUGGUGUAAACCGAAUUGUAACAACGCUAGUCUGAACCUCGCUAAUGUAGGUGACUUGCGCUAUUCAAAUCAGACACAAACAAACCUAUUAACGAAAACAAGUGACUCAUCUUCUAAUGAUGUUUAAUCUACAUCAGUGGAACAUUUUCAAUCAUAAGUUUAUCUAGGAUGUCUAUUUGUUUUUUUCUCCAGAACUCCAUGUGGCAACACAUGUGUAGAAUAUUCCUUGGAUUAAGACACCAAAAAAAAUCUGAAGUUAAGUAUCACGUUGUGUGCGCUAACAAUUCUAAAAAACUAGGAAAUUUGUGACUAGUGCAGUUUCACCAUGAGACUGAGACUGACUCGUCUCAUAAAUGAUGCUGCGAGUGGCCUGCGCUGUUUGUAACUAAUUGCUAAAUAAUCCCUCUGUUUAUUUAUGCCUGGUAAAUUUUCUAAAUUCACUCGUCAUUGGCCAAUGUGGCAAAAAGUUAUUCUGGACCCUGUGCACAGCUAUAAAUGAGUUCGUUAUCAGAGCAGUAUGGUAAUACUUGAAUGAAAAAAAUGCAUUUUAUGUCAAUACUUGACCUUACUGCAGUGUGUAGCGUCUUGCUGGAUAAUCCAAAAGAGUGCUACUUGUCUCCUAAUAUAGUUUAAUAACAGACACUGCACUCAUUUUUUAGCUACUGUAGACGAGCUUUUAAUAGACAUUGGCUUUUGCAAUAAUAGCAAUUAAUUGUUUGUAGUUUUGUUUAGUAUCAAAUUAGCUUUUAUAUGGUCACUGAGAUACUCAGUCCUCAUUUUAUUCUUGUAGCUGAGGCAGUAGAUUCUGUUAAUUCCAGCUAAACGUUUUGCAGAUUAUGUCCAUUCCUCCAAGCACACAGUGGGUGAGAGCUGGAAAUGAAAGAAAAAUAAUGGCGAAUCCUGCUGAAAAAACCCUAGCAUUAAUUUCCAUGCUGGUUUGGUGCUGGUCUUGCUAGUGGACCAACAUAGCCAUGCUGUUCACCAGCAAAACUUAGUUGUUGAAACUGGUUGACCAAGGCAGUCUUGCUGGUUAAAGGGAUUGUUCAUCCAAAAAUAAAGAUUCUGUCAUAAUUUCUUUGCCCUCAUGUUAUUUCAAACCUGUAUGACUUUCUUUUGCGGAACACUAAAGGAGAUCUUUGAAUUAAUAUUCUGGUCCAUUUCUCAAUAAAAUGGCAGUUGAUAGUGACUUCAGAGUUUAAAAAAGGACCCAAAGAAAUCAUGUAAUCCACGUGUCAUCUGCAAAGCCUUCUUAAAGCAUAUGAUUUGUCAUUUUUCAGCAAAAAUAUUGAUGUCCAUAGCGAGUUCAUGGCCAAUAUGAGAGAGGCUUGUUCACAGUGUCUUGCUAAAAACAAUGCUCUCAAUAAUAAUUAGAUCUUAUGCCAUUGAGGGUGAGUAAAUAAUGACAGAAUUUUCAUUUUGGUUGAACUGCCCUUUUAACCAUCCAAAUCACAACAUAAGCAGGUGAACAGCCCCUCUGUUUUUUUUUCAGUAGGCUAGUGUAGAAAGAUGUUUCUCUCACUCACAUACACUUUGUAUCAUGGGAUUUGAUGCAUAUGUGUACUGUAAAUGUGCACAUUCUGUGUUUCAGGCACUUGAGAUUCAGAACUUAUCAGUGUCAUGUUCUACUCCCUGUGUUCUUGAGCUGGUUUGAACCUCAGAUUCUGCUUUCUGAAUUCUCCUUAGAACCCAGGAAGCCUAUAUUAUAUAAAUGAAGGAAUGCUAUAAGCCAGAUCACAGGUUUAAAACCCGUCACUAGCUAUCUUAUGCUGUUACAGUCACGCUUUUCCCUUUUUAUCGCGAUAAUUGAUGCUCUUUUGUUCAUUUUUCUCUUAAAGUCACCAAUUAUUCUUCUUAAAAUUAUAUUGUCUGUGAAUUUAUGAACUUAUAACUAGUAAGGUUUUUUUUUUAACUUCUUUGAAAUACUGUAAUUUCCCUAAAAAUUCUGUAGGGCGCUGUUUUCCUUGCUUUCUUUGUAAUGUUUUGUCAUAAAACCUCAGCCUUUCCUGAGGUCUACUGGAUCAAGACUGUUGUCAAAAGCUCAUAUACAAAUAUCUGUAUGUGUGUAUAUAUUAUUUUAUACCUAUGCUUACCUGUUAAGCCAACAAGCACUGAAAAAUAAUGUACCGCCUCUAGACGAUUAGUUCCUGCUUUUGGAAGUGUUUCGUGUGGCCUACAUCUAGUGUGCAAGGUGGGGCGCAAGAAUUAUGUCUGAAUGUUCCCCCUCCCAGUUAUUUAUACUAUAGAGGGAUUUACUCAAAGCAAAGGGUUUAAACCUCUGUGUAUUUAAGUAAUAGAAAGCUUGCAAUUGUGCCUGAGGCAGUCGUGGAAAUAUUAAUGUUUACCUGAAGAAUCAAGACCUAAUCACUUUUUUAAGUGUGAUUUUACGAAGUUAGGUACAUUUUAUAAAUCGCCUUUAUGGCCCCGCUUUAGAAGCGAGUAGUAGGGUGAAAGUAUUAUGAAUAAUACGAUGCUAAAGCUCCUGCUCAUCUGUGUUGAAAUCAUUUGAUUGUGAUUAUGGAUGUUUGAAGUGUAUCAAGCAGCAGUCUGACUGUGAAUCCCCUCUUCAGUAUAAACAUUAGGCAUGGAGAACAUCAUGUUUAAUUUGAUGCAAAUAAAAAGGGGGCUGUGAGAUACAUGUACAAUUUGUUCUGAAAGCUCGACACCAAGUUAAACAUGGCUUCUAUCCUGCCUAAGGUCCAUAGGAGUAAUAUCUCUUUCCUCCAAGUGCGAUGAAUCAUGUUCAAUGAGACUCAAAAUGUUGCGUCCCAAAUGUUCCUUUGAAGUUACUGUAAGACGUAUUCCCUCGCAUUUUAAGUUCUUACCAGAGUUUAGAAGAUGUACCAUGCUUAUGACCCGUUGUUCUCUCAGACAUUUUAUAAAGAAAAGUAAAUAUAGUCUGUAAGGGAAAUUCCACGAUGCAGAGAGUCAGGCAUGCUUAUUCCGCUGAGCUUAGCCAGUGGAUCUGUCUUCAGGUUUUAAAUGUAUUAUAUCAGCACAAUUCUUAUACUUCUAAUCUUUUCAGAGGGUUGUCCUCUGAAUUUACCUGCAGUGAGAGUGGUGUGCAAAAUGUCGGCACCUUUUCAAUGCCUAUUUUAGAAAGACACUAUUUGCACCUUAAACCUGUACCAAAGCAACAUUAUGUUCUUAGAGGGAUAGUUCACCCAUAAAUGAACAUUCUGUCACCAUUUUGUCAGCUUUAUCUUGCUUCAAACCAGUAUGACUUUCUUUGAUUCAUGAAACACAAAAAGAGAACUAAAGCAGAAUGUAGUUUCCAUACAAUGAAAGUGAACGGUGACCAGGAUCUAAAAAUUAUCCCAAAAUUUGUCCAGAAAAGUCAUCUAUAUGACUGGUGCACUAUAUUCAAAGUCUUCUAAAGCCAUACUUUUGAGCUUUAUUGGGUGAAAAGUCAGAAACCUAAGUGUUUUUUUACAAAAUGUCUUCUAAAAUCUCAUUCAUGUUUGCUUGUAUUCAAAUAUGGCACAUAUUUGAUGUGUCGGAGCCUGGUGUGACAUCAAUAGUGUAAAACGUUAUUGGUUCUUUUGUUUCGUAACUAUAAACAAAAUUUGAAUGUGUGCAAAAGUCAAAGAAAUUUGUUUUUAGUCUGUUUCUCACACAAAGCUGUUAUAUGACUUUGAAUAUAGUGUACAUUUAUUUAAUUUGAUGGUACUUUUAUGGUUUUUAUUUUUAUUUAAUUUAUAAUAUUUGGAGAUUGACAGCAUUGUGGCACCAUUCACGUUCAUUUUAAGAAAAUAACAGCGUAGUAACUCCCUAACAUUCCCUUUUUUUGGUGUACGGAAUCAGUUGGGUAUGGAACGACAUAAUGGGGAAUACAUAAUGGCAGAAUUAAAAUUUUUGGGUGAACUGUCCCUUUUAAAGAUUGAUCCCCCCCCAUCUCACCAGUGUCUCCUUCGUGAUAUUCAUUCUUAAUAGUGACCACCCGCACGCAUACUUAGAGGGGAAAUACCAGUAUAUGUAUUUGAACAAAUUGUCAAUGCUUGCGAAAACUGUGUUGAAUGACAGCACGACUUAUUUGAACGUCCCAGCAUGAUGCAUCAAUAGAAUUUGCUCAAAUCUUUUGCCCCUUGUCAUUAAGCUCACCCCUCCUUUUUCUAGUUAGAAAAUGCCUCUUAGCGAAAUGCCUCUAUGAAACUGAAAUUCCUAUAUUAGCUAUAAAGAUUAUGAUAUUACCCUUUUGUGCUAGAUUGUCUCUUGAAUGUAAUGGAUUUUGUACCUGUAUUUUUCUAACUGCAAUUCAGUCUUUCGGUGGCUUUAUAUGGAGGAACUCUUGGCUGCUUCCUUAAGUAAAUAAUUUGUAUAAACUUCCAGUCAUCCUUCCAACACAGACCCUGACUUCUUUAGUGUGCAGUAUACACUCACUUUUGCUGACAAUACUACAGUCACCCUCAUAUCAGAAAUCAUGUUUUAUGCAUUUCGAAGAGAAACAAAGCAAUCACAGAUAUUAGUUGCCAAACCUUCCACAUUUCACCUUCUCUUGAGUCUCAAAGGGAGUCUUAAAGUUUACCCAAAAAUGGAAAUGUUGUCAUUUACUCACCCUCAUGUAAUCAUUACAACAUUGUAGUGAGUAAAAGAUUACUUUUUUUUUUUUUUUUUUGAGUGAACUAUCCCUGAAAUAUAUGCACCCUGCAAAUUAUUCUUUUCUUUGUACAAGAAUGUACGUUAAUGGCUUUAGAUGCAGUUGUAGCGCCGUCUUUUUAAAAGCUUACCUGAGAUCCUGUACUGAUUCCUCUAAGGAGUUUCUACUCUUGUGUGCUUGGUCUGAUUAUUGUCACUAGUACUGUAUGAUGCAAUGUAUGGAUCUGAUUGUUACAGUCCAGUUGUUGAUGCAGCCUUGCCUUACUGAACCCUGCGUAGAGGGGGAUCCCUUCGCCAUUGCCCUUCUCACUGAGUCUUAUGUCAUAACACUGUCUGCUGACGCAAAUGUUAUUCUUUAAACACCUAUUAAAGUAACAUACAUAUGUAACUGUUUGCUCUCUUACUUUCAAUACAGUAAAACUUUGCAUUUAAAUGUUUGGCAUUUGGAAUGUGCUAUUUAUAGUGAAUUUUCCAACAACACAAUAAAUGGUUGAGUAGGUUCUGUGGUUCACCUAUUUAAUCUAAUGCGGAUCACCGCACAUAUCAGAUGCAGGAAGGUAAAGUAUUGCUCUAUGAAUGUAGCUGUCGACGUCAUUAAUACAUGUGAGUUGAGAUUGUUUGGUGCAAAUGAGAUGGCAAUGUGAAUCUAAAGGACAGGAAGACUUGAGCAGCGAUGACAAUGGUGCCUUUAAUGAUUUUUCACCACCUGAUCCUUGUCUUCAGCAUUACACUGUGUGUGUGUGUGUGUGUGUGUUUGUGAGAGGGUAAGUCAUUUAUAUUUUGUGGCGAUUCUUUUUGAAGAAACGUUUUGGUUGCUUUAAUGAUGUUGCGUGACUGUACACUCUCUAAGUAACUAAUCAUAUAUGGGAAUA